GAUCGAGGCAGGGGACAUUACUAAGGCUGCUUUUUUUCUAAAUUUGCAUAUCAGAUGUUUGGUAUUUUUGCUUUUGUCUACAUAAAAUUGUCUUUUAGACCAAUAAAAACUUGGGCGCUCACAAUUGGCUGCUGCUAGUGGGUGGAGUUUUACAUUGCUUACGGCUGUGACUUGUGUAUUUGUGAUGAGUGUUUUCUUUAUUUAAAAUCUCUACCCCCAUUCACGAUCAGCUUCAGCGUGUUUUCUGGUACCUCUGUUCUGCGACCUGCUCCAUGGCUGCAGACUCUAAUGUAACAUACAUUCAUCUGGACGGAUUUGUAGAAAUGCAAAAGUACAGAUAUGUUUAUUUUGUCAUCAUGUUUACAGCUUAUCUUCUGAUCAUCUUCUCUAACAUCACCAUUGUGGUCGUGGUGCUCCUUCACCAGAAUCUUCAUCAGCCCAUGUACAUCUUCAUCGCUGCUCUGUUGCUCAACUCAGUUCUGCUGAGCACCAACAUUUACCCAAAGCUGUUGGUGGACUUUUUAUCAAAGAAGCAAAUCAUCUCAUAUCCAGGCUGUCUCCUCCAAUGUUAUCUUUAUUACUCUUUGAGCAGUUCAGAAUUUUUACUGUUGGCAGUCAUGGCCUAUGACAGGUAUGUUUCCAUCUGUAAACCUCUUCAGUACCCGGUCAUCAUGAGGAGAACAGUUGUCUUCCUUCUGUUGGUCUUCGCAUGGGUGCUUCCUCUUUGUCAAAUAGUUGUUCCUCUCCUUAUCAACUACCACAGAAAACUCUGCACUUUCAGACUCAAAGGCUUUUUCUGCAACAACACAAUGAACUAUCUCUACUGUGUGUCCUCCAGAAUUCUGUUUAUCUACGGUACGGUGGCUCUUGUUGACCUCGUCGUAGUUCCGAUGCUCUUCAUAAUCUUCACGUAUGCCAACAUCUUAAUCAUCUCGUGCAGGAGCUCUAAGUCUGUGAGGAGCAAAGCAACAAAUACCUGCCUGCCUCACCUGCUGGUUUUGAUCAAUUACUCCUGUCUGAUCAUCUACGACAUCACCAUUGUCAAGCUCGAUGGAGAGUUUGACAGAACAGCUCGUUUCCUGAUAUCCCUGCAGACGCUGGUGUACAAUCCUCUCUUUAACCCUAUCAUUUACGGCCUUAAGAUGAAGGAAAUUAAUCAAGCUCUGAAACGCUUGUUUCGUCCUGUCAAACACAGCUGAUCAAUUGAGCAAUUCAUUGUUGAUCAAGCUAUCUGUCAUCAAAUGUAUCUGCUGGUCUUUUUGUUACAGAUUCACCAGAAAUGAUGUUCUUUCUUUGCCAUCUGGUUUUUGUUCGGACAUGUUUUGGUAACAACUGGUAUAUGGUCAAGAAAAACAUAAUGUUAUAACCUUAAUAAUAGUGUCACCUUUCUAUAAACUUAUUUCUGAUGUGACAAAAUGGGAAGAGGAAUGAAAGGUGUGCUAUCCAAAUUAAAUUAAAUUUAAAAAUAUAUCUCAAUAAGCGACAGUCAAUACAUUGCUCUCUUUCAUUCAAUUUUAAGUACAGUACCAAAUUAAUGGUCAAUAUGCUGAGGAUAUACUCUGCAGAAAAGGCCCCACAGAAAAUCUACGUCUCUUUUUUACACAAACAGGGAGAAUACUUCUUUGCUUUGAAAAUAUAUACAUCUGUAAAACGGUGAUAUCAGCAUAAGAACUGCUGAGGAACAUUUAGACCAUUGUUUCUUAACGUUGUGACCGACAAACACCAUCAUUUCCCUCUGUGCAUGUCCUCGCACAGACUGAACAGACACUCAACAUUAUGCCCGAGACAUGACUAGACUAUUAAUUUAAAACCUUAACUCUUAAAUACAAAGGCAAGUCCGCUUUUAGGAAAAAAAAACAAAACAACAUUUAUCAACAAACUAGAUCAAGACGAAUGCAGAAACGUAAUACCUUGAAAAAUAAAGCAUUUGGAUGAUAGUGGAGUCUUAACAUCCACUUAGUGGUCAAAGUGGCGUGACAUACAGAAGAACAAACACUUUGUGUCUCUGUGGAGAUUAAUGGUUAUUUACAAAAGGUUCUGUCAUGUUAUAACUUGAUUUAAAAUGAACAAACUAAAACUUUAUAUUAAAAUAAUUCAUGUGGGUUUAAUCAUACACAUUUGGUUCUAAAUGUAAAGUGCAGUAUUUGCUUGUCGUGAUACUUGUCAUACACAUGCAUUAUAAACUAAACAAAUGUUGUUGAGUCUAGGUUUGGUGUUUCUGCUGCGUUCUUGACUACAAAACCGCCAGUAGUCAACAACUUUGUUUAUGAUAAACAACCUUGUAAUGAUAAUUCUUCACAGUAUUCUAUCGCUCUCACGGGCCUAAAAACAUCUUAGAUUAGGGAUUACCGAUAUUAACUUUUUUGCCAAUAUCGUCCAAAAAAUUAAUUUCCAAUUCCAAA